AUGGCCACAUCGUCGGCUCCGAGCGCCGCCGCUGGGAAGAAGGAGACAAAGGGCAAGACCAAGGUCGCUCGCAGCUUCGAGGAGAAGUACGACACCAGUCGCACGAUUGGUGCGGAUCCCAGAGAUCCUCGCACGGAGGGAUCCCCGUGCCACGGCAACCACAAGGUAGCAACCAGCUAUCGUGGCAGUGUCACGGGAAGCAACGGCCAUGCAGCUUGGACCGGGUGCGAGGUUUGCAAACUUCGGCUCACCUACACCCCGGCCUUCGGGGCCCAUGCCUUGAACCGAGCACCAGGACCGAUCCCUCAGGACGUCAAGCAGCAGGUCAAGACCCUGGGCAACGAAGCUGCUCACAACCCUCUUCUUCGAGACCAAGCCAUAGGGUUGGACGGGGCCGAAGCGUCCGCUUUGCGCCAGCUGGAGAAGAUCCGUGCGAGAAAGGAGACACUGCGCAAGAGUGCCAAAGAGGACAACCCUCAGGAGUACGCCCAGGAGAAGACCACACCACGCAAGAACGAGGGCUACAAGACUCCAGAGGAGAUGAGCCACACUCCAGGCCGCAAGGAGCGCAAGUCCGACCAGACGCCCGAGGACCUGGAGUACGAAGGCCGUCUCAAGUCUUCAUGGAGCACUAUCUCAUCGGUGACCCCUCCUGUGGAUGAGGAGCACUCCAUCCUCGAGAAUGACAUGACGGCGGACGAGGACUAUGACCAGGACCAGGCGGAGCCCAUGAUCCUGGAGGCCACCGAGAAGGAGUGCGAGAAAGGAGGACAGGCCAGUGCCGAUCUGUCUGAUGAGAAGGAACCACUUUAUGACAUCCACGAGUCAGACACCGAGUUUUUGGACUGUGGCACUGACCUUUUGAACGUGGAUGAAGUGGACUUCCUCAAGAAUGUGGUGAACGACAUCCAGGAGGAGAUUGAUCACUGCCUCACCUCAUGCACCAUUGCCCGACAGACAGCUCUCUAUACCCCAAAGCUUUGUCGUGCUGUUUGCUCCAACCUUCAACGAGGACUUCAUGAAGCAGCAGCUUUUGGAAUUACUGAGGUCCGCUUCAACAAGGAGGAUUUGAAGACCUUGACGGAGCAAGAGCUGAAUCGGUUGAUUGCCACUGCCCUCAAACUCCAUCGACUAUGCGGCCAUCCCAACAACAGAGCAUUGGUUCGCAACCUGGCCGCACGAGGAGCUGACAAACACCUUCUAGCAGUGGCCAACGAGCUGAAGUGCCCUGAAUGUCAUGAAGGUCAGAUGGCCGUUCCGGCCGUGAAGGCCUCACUUGAGAAAGAAGAGCAACUCUGGCGAACCUUGCAGAUGGACACCUUCCACUUCAAGUAUGAGGGCUUCACCUACCACUUCCUCCUGAUGCUGGACGAAGCCUCUGGUUUUUCAGUGGUUCACCUGGUGAUGUACCACCUGUCGGACGAGCAUGCCAACAUCACCUCCGCCCAAGUGAUUGACACCUUGCAGCGAGAUCCAGCUUCAGAGAUGUCACGCAACCUUCAAGCUCGACUUCGUGCAGAAGCCACCUACCGCAAGCUCCAGUCUGAAGCCAAGAUCUCACGAGCCCUGAACUCCCGGCCUCAGAGAUCGACACAGUUCCUGCCUGGAGACCUGGUCUACUUCAGGCGAUGGAAGGUGCCAAAAGAGAAGCCGGCUCAUGCCUAUUUGGACAGUCCGUCCAUGAAGGUGGCUCGAUUCUAUGGCCCUGCUCGUGUCCUGGCGGCUGAGACCAAGCUCCAAUCUGAUGGCCUCACCCGAGCUUCCACGAACAUAAUCUGGAUUAUCGCAGGAAGCAAACUCAAGAAGGCCCACAGCAGCCAAUUGAGGCACGCCUCUGAGAGGGAACGUCUCAUUGCAGAGGCGACUGAGGCUCCUACGCUUCCCUGGACGUUUUCAGCCCUGAGCAAGAGCCUGAGCCAAGGUGAGUACGAGGACCUCACCAAAGAGCCGAAGAGAACUCGCACCUCCGCUACCACAAGAACUGCUACUCCAUCUGGUCAUCGCAGCCGGAGCCGAGGACCACGUGUUCGAGCUGAACCUUCUGAGGUACCUGGACCUUCUCAAGUACCACCUGACGCUCAACAAGCCCCAGCAGACGAGUCAGAAGAAGAGCUCAUCCCAGCUGGUCAUGACGCACCUCCUGACCUUUCAGCCGAACAAGGCCUCGACCAGAUCUUGCAGAACCCACCUCCGGACAUUGAUGCACAGCGGUUGUUGGAAGAUCCAAGCUAUAUGCCCUUGGAGCCGCUUGAGAAGAAGGACUUCAACAAGCUUCGCCGUGACCAUGAACAAGCAGAACGGCCGCUCCACGUGAAAUAUCCCAGAAGCAACGCUCCUGAGAAGUAUGCUGCUCUGACCUUGAUGGCAGUUGUGGAGCAGCUCCACCGGCAGAACACACCCCUCUUGUGGGUGGCGAGCGAUGUCCAGCUCGCAGACGCUUUCACAAAGAGCGCUGCAGCCACUCUCUUCGAGCGCUUCCUCAUGACCGACCAGACUUGGCGGAUCAAGUACGACCCCAACUUUGUCUCGUCCAAGAAGCGCAAGCAGCAGGGACUACUUGACGCGGAUCAUGAAGAUGGCCCUGAACCUGACCUGAACCCGGACGAAAGUUUUCGCACCCUGAUGGCAAGACUCAAUUCCUCCUCCAGCGAAACUUUUUGGGGCAUGUCAGUGGUGGACCCCUUUUUGCCACUGGCCCUUAGGGAGACCCAACGAGCCUCCGAGCUCCACAAGGGCCUCAACGUCAACGGCCUGGUUGGCAAUGAUAGUCAUGAGACCUGGCGAACUUUGGCGGCUCACUCCCUGAUGGGAACCCGUGAUCAGACCAUCCUGUAUGGCUCAGCACGAAGCCACGACUUGCGACACCUGCAAGUUGCAGAGGUCACCGGGUUUCCCAACUUCAUGCAACGGUCGCUUUCCGAAAGCACCUUGCGACGCUGGCCCGAGGCGCCGCCGAAGAGCACCACGUUGACGCCACCGGAGGUGGUGGAAUCCGGUGACAUCCCUUUGAGAACAGCGCUGCCGCCUGCUGGCAUCAAGUCAGAGACUUGGAACCAUGCGAAGAUCUGCAACUGGUCGGCGGUGAAGUAUAAUUUGAUUGCAGAGCAGGCGACACCCAUUCGAUCUUGGGAUAAGACAGGCUUCAUGGCGCUCGGCCAUCGAGAUCCCACAGCUCCGGGCGUGUGGCUACCACCGAAGGCUCCCUGA